UUGGUAUUAUUUACUUCCGGGUCCUAUAGUUGUCGGUGUGCAGUGGUGGUCAUGUUUGUCGUAUUGUGAUAUAUUUUUGAGUGUAACCAGCCUAUAAACCUUAAAGAAAGUAGUUUCUUCCGCUGUGGGAUUGUAUCCGUGUCCAUAUCACCACCAUGGCUGAGGAUGUACAGAAGCACUCUGUGCACACUUUGGUCUUCAGAUCUCUCAAAAGGACGCAUGACAUGUUUGUGUCCGACCAUGCGAAAUCCAUCGUACAGGAUGAUGAAAGCCACAAGUUAAAGAUGGCUGUGAAACUGAAAGCGGAUUAUAGUGCAGUUUUACACAUGCCUGUCCUGAAGGAAGGGAAGGACAGAGUGUCUCAGCUUCCUGGCAGUAUGCUGGGCCAACAGAGCUACGCACAGCCAGGGGAUGACCCAGACUACCUAGUCACUGGGACACAUGCUUAUCCUUCUGGACCUGGAGUAGCCCUGACUGCUGACACAAAGAUGCACAGGAAUCCAAGCGAAGCAGGAGUCCACUCCAUGGCGCUCGCUCUGCCACCCUCACAAGCCAGGCAGGACGCAAGCCGCACUGCAUCCAGUGUCGGUGACAUCCAUCGACACGCAGGAGGAGCAGAGAGGUCUCACCCUCCGUCGACUGCUGUGUCGCUGUUGGAGGGAGGUGCCACCAGAAAUUCUGCGCUCGCAAGGAAAGCUCCGACCAUGCCCAAACCCCAGUGGCAUCCACCAUGGAAACUGUUUCGGGUCAUCAGUGGUCAUCUUGGCUGGGUGAGGUCCAUCGCUGUGGAGCCUGGGAACCAGUGGUUUGUCACAGGGUCUGCGGACAGAACCAUAAAGAUCUGGGACCUGGCCAGCGGGAAACUGAAACUCUCCCUGACUGGACACAUCAGUACAGUGCGUGGUGUGGCAGUUAGCAACCGUAGCCCCUACCUGUUCUCCUGUGGAGAAGACAAACAAGUCAAGUGUUGGGAUCUGGAGUACAACAAGGUCAUCAGGCACUACCACGGACACCUUAGCGCUGUGUAUGAUAUCGACCUUCAUCCAACUAUAGAUGUAUUGGUGACGUGCAGCAGAGAUGCCACGGCAAGGGUGUGGGACAUCAGGACAAAAGCUAAUGUGCACACUUUAACCGGCCACACCAACACUGUGGCCACAGUGAGAUGUCAGGCUGCAGAACCACAAGUCAUCACAGGCAGCCACGAUUCAACCAUCAGACUGUGGGAUUUGGUCGCUGGAAAAACCAGAGCAACUCUGACAAACCACAAGAAGUCUGUCCGAACACUGGCGCUGCACCCCAGACAAUACACUUUUGCCUCUGGUUCUGCUGAUAACAUCAAGCAGUGGAUGUUCCCAGAUGGCAACUUCAUCCAGAACCUGUCGGGCCACAACGCCAUCAUCAACACUCUGGCUGUGAACUCUGAUGGCGUGCUGGUGUCUGGAGCCGACAAUGGGACCAUCCACAUGUGGGACUGGAGGACAGGCUACAACUUCCAGAGGAUUCACGCAGCCGUGCAGCCUGGAUCUCUGGACAGCGAGUCGGGCAUCUUUGCUUGCAUGUUCGACAACUCAGAAAGCAGACUGAUCACCGCAGAGGCAGACAAGACCAUUAAAGUUUACAAAGAAGACGACACAGCUACGGAAGAAAGCCAUCCAGUCAACUGGAAACCAGAAAUCCUCAAGAGGAAAAGAUUCUAAUGAUUUUUUUUUUUUUUUUUUCUCCUUUUGUCACAGUAACGUUUAAUUUUAUUUCUACCGAACCCCCUGUUGUAGAUACAACCACCAAGUUUUGCUUGCUACUGCUUUUUCUUAAUAACUAAUGUCUUUCACUAAAGAGACCAAACUGUCC